AACGUCAAAAACUGCGAAAAAAACUUUUCUAUGCAGAUAUAAUGUUUUAUUCGUGAAAUUUUAUAUUUUUAGAACUUGUCAAAUGGUGUAAAAAAAAGGAUAUACUCAAUUGGCGCUAAAUGCAAAAAAAAGUCUUUAACUGAAGCUGGAAAAGAAAGAAAGAAAAGAAUAGUAAGCAAACUUUUCUACAAGCGAAGAAAAACCGAGCUGCAUGCUAACUUCUAUAUUGCAAUCCUCCCGAUUUUCAAGUCAUUUAUUUUAAUAUUUGAACAAAAAGAACCGAAGAUUCACAUUUUAUACGAUGAGCUAAAAUCAGUGGUUAAAUCUUUUUUAGGCUGCUUUAUGAAGCUAGAACUAAUUAAGGAUGCAUCGGGUAAAAAACUAACAAUGCUUGACGUAACAGACUUCAAAUUUCACAAAAUUCAAAAAGAUUGGUACAUUGGCAAAAACACAAACACAGCUCUUCUCAAAUUUAGACUUGAUGAUCCUAUCCGAACAGAGUUUGAAUCGCAUGUUAAAAGAGCAUUUCUCGAUGGUGCAAAGUAUAUGCAAAAAAAGAUUCCUUUAUCGAACGAGUUAUUAAAACUACUAUCCUCUAUUGAUCCAACGUGUGUUGGAAGUACAGUUGCGUGUCGAAUGACGCAGAAGCUGAAAGAAUUUUUUCCUAACAUAAUAAAAAUUGACGAAGCAGACUUAUUUGACAGGGAAGUUGUUGCGUUUCAUCUCGCUAAAGACUUACCAGCAGUAAAAGGAAAAAGACUUGAUCAAUGGUGGUCCGAGGUUUUUGUAUUGAACCGAUACAACUUACUUACCAAGAUUAUUAAAGCUUGUUUGUCAAUAUUUACUGGACCUAUGAUAGAACAAUCGUUCAGGUAACUUUUUUGA